GUGCUUCUGGAGGUACUGUCUCGGUGUUCCGAGCAGUCUUACAGGGAAGGCCAGGGAAAGCGAUAUGGAACACGUGACGGAGGGUGCCUGGGAGUCGCUGCAGGUGCCGCUGCAUCCUCGGGUGCUGGGCGCACUGCGCGAGUUGGGCUUCCCGCACAUGACGCCGGUGCAGUCGGCCACCAUCCCUCUGUUCAUGAAAAACAAAGAUGUCGCUGCGGAGGCUGUGACAGGUAGUGGGAAAACCCUGGCCUUUGUCAUCCCCAUUGUGGAGAUUCUUCUGAGAAGGGAGGAGAAGUUAAAGAAGAGCCAGGUCGGAGCCAUCAUCAUCACUCCCACUCGGGAGCUGGCCAUUCAGAUUGACGAGGUCCUUUCGCACUUCACAAAGCACUUCCCGCAGUUCAGUCAGAUCUUGUGGAUUGGAGGCCGGAACCCUGGAGAAGAUGUGGAGAGGUUCAAGCAGCAUGGUGGGAACAUCAUUGUGGCAACCCCAGGCCGCCUGGAGGACAUGUUCCGGAGGAAGGCUGAGGGUCUGGACCUGGCCAGCUGUGUGAGAAGCUUGGAUGUCCUGGUGCUGGAUGAGGCAGACAGACUUCUUGACAUGGGCUUUGAAGCAAGCAUAAACACCAUCCUGGAGUUCUUGCCAAAGCAGAGGAGAACAGGCCUUUUCUCAGCCACGCAGACACAGGAAGUGGAGAACUUGGUGCGAGCGGGCCUCCGGAACCCUGUCCGAAUCUCUGUGAAGGAGAAAGGCGUGGCAGCCAGCAGUACCCAGAAGACCCCAUCCCGCCUGGAGAACCAUUACAUGAUAUGUAAGGCAGAUGAGAAAUUCAAUCAGCUGGUCCAUUUCCUUCGGAACCAUCAGCAGGAGAAGCACCUGGUCUUUUUCAGCACGUGCGCGUGUGUGGAGUACUAUGGGAAGGCCCUGGAGGCGCUGCUCAAGAGAGCCAAGAUCCUGUGCAUCCACGGGAAGAUGAAGUACAAGCGCAAUAAGAUCUUCAUGGAGUUCCGCAAGCUGCAGAGUGGGAUCCUGGUGUGCACGGAUGUGAUGGCCCGGGGAAUCGAUAUUCCUGAAGUUAACUGGGUUUUACAGUACGACCCUCCCAGCAAUGCCAGUGCCUUCGUGCAUCGCUGUGGACGCACAGCCCGGAUAGGCCACGGUGGCAGCGCUCUGGUGUUCCUACUGCCGAUGGAGGAGGCAUACAUCAACUUCCUGGCCAUUAACCAGAAAUGUCCCCUGCAGGAGAUGAGCCUCCAGAGAAACACAGUAGACCUUCUGCCAAAGCUCCGGGCCAUGGCCAUGGCCGACAGGGCAGUGUUCGAGAAGGGCAUGAAAGCCUUCGUGUCCUUCGUCCAGGCUUAUGCAAAGCACGAGUGUAGCCUCAUCUUCAGGCUGAAGGAUCUCGACUUUGCGAGCCUUGCUCGAGGGUUUGCCCUGUUAAGGAUGCCCAGGAUGCCAGAACUGAGGGGGAAGCAGUUUCCAGAUUUUGUGCCCGCAGACAUCGAUACUGACAUGAUUCCAUUUAAAGAUAAAAUUAGAGAAAAACAGAGGCAGAAACUUUUGGAGCAAAAAAGAAAAGAGAGGACAGAAAAUGAAGGGAGAAGAAAGUUCAUCAAAAAUAAAGCUUGGUCGAAGCAGAAGGCCAAGAAGGAGAGGAAGAAGAAGAUGAAUGCAAAGAGGAAAAAGGAUGAGGGUUCGGAUAUCGAUGACGAGGACAUGCAGGAACUCCUUAAUGAUACAAGGCUCUUGAAAAAAUUUAAGAAAGGUAAGAUCACAGAAGAAGAAUUUGAGAAGGGGUUGCUGACAAGCACCAAAAGAACAGUCCCGCUGACAGACUUAGGGGUCUCAGACUUGGAAGAGGAUGGCUGACCUCAGCCUCAGGUGAAGGCUGUUACACCACUGGCCCACACUGGCCUACACUCCUGCCCUUCCCGGAAGACUGUUCUGGAAAGCUGUCUGCGCUGACAGGGAAACACCAAAGAACUGGACACCCACGAGCACUACAGUCCUGCCAGAGUCUCACAGAACUCAUUAUUUGAGUGGAAAUUUGUACUUCAUAACAGAUGUCAGUAUUGGUUUUGAUUAAGUGUACUUUUUCUGGUGUAAUUUUGUACUUUAUUACAGACUUGAAAAUAUUUUCAUAUAUGUGAAAUAUUUUAUAUGUAUAUAUGAAUAUAUACAAAAUAUAUUUUCAUAUAUAUACUUAUUUUAAAUUAUUACCAUUUAAAAACAGAUACUGUAGCACACUUGAUUUUAGGCCUUGUAAAAUUUCUAAGUAUUCCCAGUCAUAUGACCUCUCCUCCCCCCCUCCCGCCCAAAUGU